GUUUCAUCGAGGAGCCGGAGAGGAAAUACUGCUUCGAAUGUGCCAGUGAAGAGCAGUGUCAGGAGUGGAUUGAGGCGCUCAAGAGAGCCAGCUAUGAGUUCAUGAGGAGGAGCUUGAUUUUCUACCGGAAUGAGAUCCAGAAAAUGACAGGGAAGGACCCCCUGGAGCAGUACGGGAUCUCCGAGGAAGCCCGCUUCCAGCUGGGAACACACAAGCAAUAA